UAGAAAUGUUUUUUGGCAGACCAUCCAUAUAAACCAUCACCUGCAGCUUAUUAAACAAAGAAUUGUUUAAGUCAAUAUUCAGCCAGCUGUAAACAUCUUUCCAGAAAAGUUGUGUGAUCGAGAGAAAUAAUGGAUGCAUGUGGAACUUACAUCAAUAUGUUGUUUCCUCCUCCAUUUCGACGUUGCACUUCCUGAAAAAAUUGUCCGGAGUGAGCAUCGAUGCAGACUCGCUAUUUAAGGGCUGAACAGUCCACUCCCCCUCCGCACUACGUGGUUUGGGACGGCCCUUAAUAUGGAGGACCCUCCACUGGAACGCGCAAACGGAGGGGUAGUGUGUAGGGAUAGUGUGUAGGGGGCGGUUUGGGAUUCAGCCCUAGUGUUUGUAUAUAUCUAUGGCGACACGGGCUUCAUUUUCUCGGCGUUGAAACCAACGGGUGACGUCACGGUUAGUUUACACCUGUUAUUCACCUCACAGUUCCUUAUUUUUUCUAAGACAAAAGAAGACAAGAUGGAUUUCUGCCUCCUCGCCUUUUUGAAUCUUCUUCUUUUUUCCACCUGCUCGUCUUCACCGCCGAAUUUCGUCCUGCUGUUCGCUGAUGAUUUGGGUUUCGGGGAUUUGGGUUGUUUCGGGCACCCGAGUUUACUGACUCCCAACCUGGACCGUCUGGCAGCAGGUGGACUCCGCUUCACUGACUUCUACUGCACCAGCCCCGCCUGCAGCCCGUCCAGGGCGUCGCUGCUGACGGGUCGCUAUCAGACCCGCUCAGGCGUCUACCCAGGAGUGUUGUAUCCAGGCUCUAGAGGCGGCCUUCCUCUGAAUGAGACCACCAUUGCCGAAGUGUUGAAACCUCUGGGCUAUGCUACUGCCGCCAUAGGGAAGUGGCACUUAGGAUUUGGGGCCAAUGGGAUGUUUCUCCCAACCAAACAGGGGUUUGACCAGUAUCUGGGGAUCCCAUACUCCCAUGACAUGGGCCCCUGUUGGAACCUGACCUGCUUCCCUCCAGAUGUGAAGUGCUUUGGAGUGUGUGAUGUUGGCACUGUAACUGUCCCACUGAUGCACAACGAGGUCAUCAAGCAGCAACCGGUCAACUUCCUGGACUUGGAAAGAGCUUACAGUGACUUUGCAACCAACUUCAUUACCACAUCAGCCAAGAAAAAGCAACCUUUCUUCCUCUACUAUCCAUCACAUCACACCCACUACCCUCAGUACGCAGGUCCAGGGGCAGCGGGUCGGUCCUUAAGGGGUCCAUUUGGAGACGCUCUGUUGGAGCUUGACAACACCAUAGGAAACCUGCUGGCAACUCUGGAGGAGACGGGAGUGAUCAACAACACACUGGUCUUCUUUACAUCCGAUAACGGCCCUGAACUGAUGCGUAUGUCCCGCGGAGGUAAUUCUGGUCCUCUGAAAUGUGGCAAAGGUACCACGUAUGAGGGGGGCAUGAGAGAGCCAGCCAUCGCCUACUGGCCAGGAACCAUCAGGCCAGGUGUGACUCAUGAGAUGGCCAGCACUCUAGACAUCCUCCCCACCAUCGCAGGCUUGGCAGGAGCUAAACUACCUCAGGUGAUGCUGGAUGGAGUCGAUAUGACAGACAUCCUCAUCAACCAAGGAAAGAGUAAAAGGGAGACGAUGAUGUUCUACCCGACAGACCCCAGUGAGAAAUACGGCCUGUUUGCUCUCCGGCUGGGGAAGUACAAGGCCCAUUUCUACACAAGAGGUGCUACCCACAGCAGUACCACUCCAGACCACGACUGCCCAGCGUUCGCUGUUCUCAAGGCCCACGACCCCCCUGCGAUGUAUGACCUGGAGGCCGAUCCUUCAGAGAACUACCCUCUUUCCUUGGAGGAAAGACCCGACCUCCAGGCCGUGCUGGAGCAGAUCAAGAAUGUCAAGGAGAAGUUUGAAGCCUCCAUGGUGUUUGGAGAGAGCCAGAUAUCAAAGGGAACAGACCCGAACCUGGCGCCUUGCUGCAACCCUCAGUGCAUCCCCAGACCCAGCUGCUGCCACUGCUGACGGGACAAAUCGUUACAGAUGCUGUGAAGACAGUGUGGAAAAGACUGGAGGUACAGAUGUUACUGUUUACAUUCUUGGUGAAAACGCAAGGAUGCAAAUUAUGCUUUACUGCUUUCUUGUGGUCACUGAAGCUUGAAUUACCGCACUUACUGAAAAGGAAUAUUACAAUGUGUUUCCUCAAUGAGGAGAUGAUUUUUCUCAUGUUUAUAUUAGCUAUAUUUCGCACUAAUGAAUAACAAAGUACUGUAUUUUUCUGACUUCUGCUACUUGAAAAGGUAUUUUCCACCCCAUUAUUCCUCACAAUCAAAAACUUCUAUAUAUUUACAUGUGUAAAUAUUCUGCAGCUCAUUGCAGAAUAUUUACAUGUGUAAAUAUUCUGCAGCUCAUUGCAAUCACAAAUACAAUCAAAAGUAAAAGAAGAAUAAAGACAAUAAUACCAGCGUCGGACAUCAAGCAUAUAUUUUAUUCAUAAGACCAAACCCAUGACAAGGCAGAGUGAUUUUUUUGUCUUUUUUUUUCUUUGUUUUCCCUUGAAUUUUACAAGUCCUUGUUUUUAAAGAUACAAGAUAGGAUAUGUUUGUUCUGUCACAUACUGUUUUGCUCUAGGUAUACAGUGAAGAAUCUUGUUAAAGUAAUAAAGUCAGAAGUUGGUUUAACUGUUAAUGUAUUUCUCAGCGGCUAUAUGGGACUAGAUCAUCCUCAGAGGUUGUUUUUGUGUAGCUGUGUGAAAAGAAAGGA